AAAAAAAUAAAAUAAAAUAAAUAAACGCAGGAGGCGUGUCUGUGGCUUCCUGCAGCUUUGCUGGGCGUCAUCAAGCCUGAGCAUAAAAACAAGCGAGUGGGCGUUCAGACCCAAAGCGUUGCUCUAUUCUUUUUUUCCUCUUUUUAUGGUGUUGCGGAAACUUUUCACAAAAUGGUGCAACAGUUAACUAAAUCUGGAGCGAAGGAGGUGCUGAAAGCUGGUCACCCGCCUGCAGUGAAGGCAGGAGGUAAACGGGUGGCGAAGAAGAGUUUAGAGGAAGGUGCCGCCCAUGGGACUCCAGAGAAGGAAACCAAGAGGCCUGAGAAACUAAGCCGGUCCCUCGCCUCCUUCAACAGGAUGCAACAYGUUGGCAUACUUCUCACAGGAUCCCUUGACAAGCUGAGCCACAGCUUUCCUGAGACUCCGGUGAGCGUGAGGCACAGCAAGGUUUGUCCCGCCGUGGAGAAGCCCCACUGUCCCCGAACCUUCUUCAUCCAGCAGCCGAGGAAGUGAUGCGUCUGUGGUUUCGAGUGGCCGCCCCGCCCCGCCCCUCUCGCCGAGCAGGGGCAGCUGGGUCCAGUCAGCUGUGAAACGUGAAGUCUUCAAAGAUCCCAAGGGGACUUUAAAAGUUAUCUGAAAAACAAAACUUUCAUAAAAGAGUUUAUUUAGAAGAGAAAUUCCUUCUUUAUUCUUAUUUUUUGUUUUGCGUUCUGCCUUCAACCAGCUCUUAUUGUAUAUUUCAUUAUUUUCUCAGAAAUGCUGUAGUUUACCAGCUAAAGUUUAAGGAUGGUGUUUAGGUUAAAGGAAGUUWAAAAAAGUGUUUAAAGGAAAAUUGAAUGGCUUUUAGGUGAUGUCUUCUGUGUAAUCAAUGUACUGCUUGGCACUUAUUCAAAAUAAAUCCAUGYCAUUCCUUUCUGACA